AUGGUUCGGAUCGUUAUUCUCGUUGUGUCGCUACUUGUCGUUUGCGGGUUUGAUCCAGUUGCGGGAUUCAGACAUCGCCGGCAUCAGCAUCAUCGUGAUGGCAGCCGCCGGACGGAUCACGGGACGUCGGCAAUCUUGGCGUCGGAUGAAGAGAAGUUAAACGCAACCAAGACGUUACGGAAUAUAUUACAAACGAGUCCGAAAGAUGCGCUAAUCGUCACCAAACGCCGGUACUUGCGAAAGGACUGGUGCCAGUCGCAGCCGCUCAUCCAGCGCAUCGGACAGGAUCAGUGUUUGAGCGUUACCAUUCUCAACCGCUUCUGUUACGGCCAGUGCAAUUCGUUUUUCAUCCCGAAGAAUCAGCUGAAAGAAGAAGACAGUCCCGAUGAAGAAACACAGGAAGGACAGGAAAGUGCGGCCGGUGGAGCCAUUAGCGGAGCCGGAAUCGCCGGAACGGCUAAAGCCUUCCGGUCUUGCGCCGUCUGCCAGCCGAAGAAGACCAGUUGGGUGACGGUAACUCUCAAGUGUCCCUCGCUGGUGCCCAACAUCCGGCGGAGGCGCGUCCUUGUCAUCAACCAGUGCCGAUGCAUGCAGCCAGAAUCGACGUCGUCUUCGUCAUAAACUGUUGCAAUGCACAUACCCAUUUUGUACUUUGAAUUCAUCACACAUUAUAUACGCCUUGUACAUUCCCCAUUAUUCAAAUGAAGCAUUCACAUAUAACACAAUUUUUUUUUACCCACAUCCCCCACACCGUCCGCGUUUCAGUGACCGCUGUGUUUUUUUUUCACUUGUUUUUGUUAAUGACGCUAUACCGGAUUUAAUUGCUUUUCAGUC